GAUGACCAUCAAUCGUAUCUUAUCGCUUCUUUCCUAUCCUUCGUUUCCUCCGCCUUUCCGGUCACGAUUGCCAAAUCAAGGUAUAGGACCUAGAUAAUUUGAACUGCAUAGCCACAGCGAAGAUUAAUUCACGAUCUUGAUGUCAUACAUAAAUCAGGCGCAGGGUCGGAGGUGACUCUGGAAGUUUAGCUGAUACUUUUCAAUGAAGUUCAGUGAUUCAAGUAUCACUAUCAGGCAAGACAUCCGAUAAAGACCAAUUCUUAUACCACAACUUUGAGAAAGUUAUAAUAUGAGUAUUUAUUAUUUUAAUCAUGCUAAACAAUUAGCCAUCACAUCGGUUUGUUCUUUACCGAUCACUACUAUUCCAAUCAGUUUAAAAUCAAAACUUUCAAAUCAGAACGAUUUCAUUGAUGUGUUUCCGAUCUUGGAGCCUAAGAAUUGGAGUUCGAUCAAUUGUUUAAUUUUCUUCAGAAUAAACUCCACCAUCUCGAUUGAAACUUUGCCGACUCAUUCAAAUCUAAUAUCAACGUUUUCCAAUUUUAAUUCAACUUCAAAUCUAAAGUUUACAAAUCCAUCAAAAUCAACGUCGACUUAUUAUGCAUUAAAAUCACUUUAUCCUAUCUUAAACGCACCUAAUCCUUUUUCAGGUAAAGCUGUUUUAUUAGAUGGUAUCCCGAGCAAGCUUUCACCUCAACAUGUCAUCCAAUCUUUGUCUCAUUUUGGUCACUCAAUCAUUAAUCCUCAACCUUGUUACUCAUUUCCUUGGCCUGGUUCAAUAAAUCCCAUUCAAUCUAAAACUCCCUCAAUCACUCGUCAUCAAAUCAUUUAUUGUCAUUCGAACGCUCUUGCUCAUCAUCUUGCUGGUCAAUUACAUCGAUCUAGACCGUCUUGGUUACCUUCUUCAACUUCUCAUCAUCAUCAACAUCAUCAUCAAUUUUCGAAUCAAAUAAAACAAGGUGUAAUCGGAUGGGAAUUGAAAGCACGCGUGAUCUAUUGA